CCCCCCCCCCCCGUAUCCAGAUCGAAAGCCGAGAAGAGAGAAGAAGAAGAGGGAGGAGACCCCGCUCCGCCGCGCUAGAAGCUAGCCUGAAGCGCUACCCCGGAAGAGGGAGGAGGAGGCGAGGCGAGAGGAGAGGGAUCCGGCGGUAAGGUUCCGAGAGAUGGGAGUCCCGGCGUUCUACAGGUGGCUGGCGGACCGGUACCCCCAGACGGUGUCGGACGCGGCGGAGGAGGAGCCGGUGGAGCUCGAGCCCGGCGCCUUCGUCCCCGUAGACCUACGCCGCCCCAACCCCAACGGGCUCGAGUUCGACAACCUCUACCUCGACAUGAACGGGAUCAUCCACCCGUGCUUCCAUCCCGAAGGCCGCCCCUCCCCCACCACAUACGACCAGGUGUUCAAGUCGAUUUUUGAUUACAUCGACCACCUCUUCUGCCUAGUCCGCCCCAGGAAGCUCGUCUACAUGGCGAUCGAUGGUGUUGCGCCAAGGGCGAAGAUGAAUCAGCAGCGGUCGAGGCGGUUCCGGGCUGCGAAGGAUGCGGCUGAUGCGGCAGCCGAGGAGGAAAGACUGAGGUUGGAUUUUGAGGCAGAAGGGAGGACUUUGGUUCAGAAACAGAAGUCGGAAGCAAUCGACUCGAAUGUCAUAACUCCCGGGACGCAGUUUAUGUUUGUACUUUCUUCGGCGCUUCAAUAUUACAUACAGUUGAGACUGAAUCACACCCCUGGGUGGCAGUCUGUCAAGGUAAUGUUGUCUGACUCAAAUGUUCCCGGGGAGGGAGAACACAAGAUCAUGUCAUAUAUCCGUCUGCAGCGCAAUCUUCCAGGAUUUGACCCAAAUACACGCCAUUGCUUAUAUGGCCUUGAUGCUGAUCUGAUUAUGCUUUCUCUGGCAACUCAUGAGGUCCACUUCUCCAUUUUGAGAGAGGUGAUCACCAUGCCAGGGCAACAUGAAAAAUGCUUUCUGUGUGGUCAAGUUGGGCAUUUGGCUGCUGAGUGCAGAGGCCCUGCUCAGGCCGAUAAUGUCGUGGAGCUGCCCCCAAUUCAUAAAAAGAAGUACCAGUUUCUCAACAUCUGGGUGCUGCGUGAAUACCUGGAGAAGGAUUUGGAAAUUGUAGACCCUCCCUUCAAGAUAAACUUUGAACGCAUCGUGGAUGAUUUUGUUUUCAUUUGUUUUUUUGUUGGGAAUGACUUUCUGCCUCACAUGCCGACUUUGGAAAUUCGUGAGGGUGCUCUUAAUCUUCUGAUGGCUAUCUAUAGAUCCGAAUUCAAACCAAUGGGUGGUUACCUCACUGAUGGGGGCGAGGUUUUAUUGGAACGAGUGGAGCAUUUCAUUCAGUCCGUUGCUGUACAUGAAGAACAAAUUUUCCGGAAACGUGCACGUAUUCAGCAGGCAUACGAGAACAACGAGGAGAGACGUAAAGGGCAGAGAGAGAACUCCGAGGAUGUUAAUCCAUAUGUGGACAUGGUAAAAUUAGGGGAGCCAGGAUACAGGGAGAGGUACUAUGCAGAGAAGUUUAGAGAAGAGGCAGAAUCAAAACCCAUUGAUCAAGUUCAGAGAGAUGUUGUUCAGAAAUAUGUGGAAGGUCUUUGCUGGGUUAUGAGAUACUACUACCAAGGUGUUUGUUCAUGGCAGUGGUUCUACCCAUACCAUUAUGCGCCUUUUGCAUCUGACCUGAAAGGGUUGACUGAGUUUGAGAUCACAUUUUUCUUGGGUCAACCUUUCAAGCCAUUUGAUCAACUAAUGGGGACACUGCCAGCUGCAAGUUCUAAUGCAUUGCCAAAGUACUAUGGGGAUUUGAUGACUGAUCCAAAUUCACCAUUGAAGUAUUUCUAUCCCAAAGAUUUUGAGAUAGACAUGAACGGGAAACGUUUUGCAUGGCAGGGUAUUGCAAAAUUGCCCUUCAUCGAUGAGAGGCGUCUGCUUGCGGAGACACAGAAAGUUGAAGAUUCAUUGACAGAAGAAGAGAGAUUCAGGAAUAGGACAAUGUUUGACAUAAUUUAUGUGCGGGAAACUCAUCCAUUGGCUGCUCAGAUUGCCUUCCUGUACCAGAUGUGCACUCAACCAUCAACAACAGAUCCUUCCUAUCUUAUUCCCAUUGACCCUGCUGCUAGUGGUGGAAUGAAUGGAUUUCUUUGUUUAUCUCAAAGAAAUUGGUACAGCAUCUCUGUAGGAUCUCCAGUUAAGGGGUUCAAUGGCAUCACCCAUAACAGAGUUUUGAAUUCUACCUAUCUUAACCCUCAGUAUCACAAACACAUCCCUGAGCCUCCAGAGGGUGUCAUUAUACCUCCAAAGAUAUUGAAACCUUACGAUUUCAAACCUUUCCCCGUGUUGUGGCAUGAAGAUAAUAGUAGGCGACAAACAAGAGACAGGCCUCAGGUGCAUGGAGCUCUGUCAGGUUCUGUCUUGGGAGAGGCUGCACAUCGUCUAGUGAAAAAUUCCCUGCAGAUCAAAUCGGGCAGCUCUGCUGGUCUGCUAGACAUGCCAUACAGGGGUGCACCCUAUGGCCCUGGAAACAGACCUCGGCCUGCUGGACCUUUGGGAUAUGAGAGGGGUUUUGUGGAUAAUCCAUACCUUGCCCACAUGUCCAGAAGCGCUCCAAAUCCUCGGCCUCAGUUCUUUGGUGAAGCUCAAACCAACAGGCCGAAUGUGCGGAUACUGGAGCGACCAAACACUCGAAGCCAUGAUGGUGGCAUCAAUUCAGGCAUGUCAAAACUGGCGAUCCAAGAUGGGCCAAGAAUGCAUCAAAAUAACAGGACACAGAAUUCUGGAUAUUUUCCAAAUCAGCCACAUCCGAAUAAUUAUGCUGGGUUCCCACCUCAGCGGCCCAUGCAGAACACCAAUUUUACACCACAACGACCUGUCCAAAACGCAGGACUCUCGCAGCAGCGACCUGUCCAAAAUGCAGGAUUCCUGCAUCAGCAACCAGUAAAUGGGGUUCCUCCACCGUUACCUCCAAGUACAUGGAUUGGCAAGCAAAUGAGCGGAGGCCAGACGGGUAAACCUGUCAAGCAGGAUCCAAGGGCGACUACACACAGACAGCCUAAGCAGGAUAACCCAAGAUCACAGCAUGAGAACAGACAGCAGGCUGCCAAGGUAGUAUACCGUGUGAAAAGUCAAGCCCCCAAUGGCUUGCCAGAGCAUGCUGCUACUUGGGGAUCCACUCAACACAACAUAUUCCUGUUGAAAGCAGCCAUAGGGCCAGAUCCCUCCCGCUCGCGGCGUCAUUCGAUCGGUAGCUGUAGCGACAAGCGAACCCGACCCAUCUUUCCCGCGGCCUCCUCGCACUCUGUCCCCAGCUCCCCUCUCCAGUCUCCCCCGCCUUUAUUCCCCACCCCCGUCGCUCUCCCCCUCCGCUCGCUUUCCCCAUUGCAAACCCUCGCAUCCCCCGAAAAAAUUACUCGCUCUAGGGUUUCGCGGAUCGGGCUAGGGUUUCCACCGACGCAGCCGCCGCCCGCCGUGCCCAUGGCCGCUCCGGCUGCGGCGGCGGCGGCGGUGACGAGCGAGGCGGUGAGGGACGGCUUCGCGGAGCUGCAGCGGCAGCAAGAGCUGCUGGCCAGCUGCACGCGGCUGUACCAGCAGCUCACCGAGCACUUCGCCACCCUGGAGCGCGGCAUCGCGUCCCGCUCCGAGUCGCUCCGUUCCAAGCGCCGCGUCGUCGAAAUCCGCGCCUCCCGCAGACUCGACGCGCUCCGCCGCCGGGAGCGCUCCAUCGACGGCUCCGUCUCGCUCGCGAUCUCCCGCCUCGACUCAACCCUGGCCGAGGGCGCCGCCGCGGGGGGUCGCUCCUCGCCUUCGUCGGACGCCGCCGUCGCCGAGGGCCUCAGGUCGCUCUGCGCCAGCAUGGACUCCGCGGCCUUCCUCGGCUUCGUCGUCGAGCGCCGCAAGGAGGUGGACGCGCUCCGCGCCCAGCUGCCCGGCGCGCUCAAGUUCUGCGUCGACCCGGCGCGGUUCGUGAUGGACGCCGUCUCCGAGGUGUUCCCCGUCGACAAGCGCGCCGUGAGUUCGCCCACCGACCUGGCGUGGGCGUGCGUGCUGAUAUUAGAGGCGGUGGUGCCGGCACUGGCGGAUCCCGACACGGAGAUCGGCGCGGCGCGGCCGAUGGUGCCGCGCGCGGCGCGUGAGAGGGCGCGCGGGAUGGCGACGGAGUGGAAGGAGGCGGCCGAGCGGAAGGGCGGGGUGGAGGGCGCCAAGCCGCCGGAUGCACACGCGUUCCUGCAGCAUGUCGCCACCUUCGCCGUGGCAGAAAAGGAGGACAGAGGGCUGUACAGGAGGAUCGUUCUGAGCUUCUCCUGGCGCAGGCAGAUGCCACGCCUUGCUCUCACGCUUGGCCUCGAGGAUGAAAUGGAUGAUAUCAUUGAAGAACUUGUCACUAAGGGGCAACAACUUGAUGCAGUGAACUUUGCAUCUGAGUCCGGUCUUCUGGAAAAAUUCUCCCCAGUCCCUCUUUUGAAAUCCUACCUGGAGGACUCCAAGAAGAUAUCAUGUACUUCAGAUAACCUGAGUACUGGCUGCGGCCAAUCUGGGACCAAUGCAAAUAAGAAGGAGCAGUCUGCGCUGCGAGCUGUUAUAAAGUGUGUUGAGGACCACAAACUCGAACCAGAUUUUCCAUUGGAGGAUCUCCGGAAACGACUGGAAGAAUUGGAGAUGGCCAAGACAGAGAAGAAAAAGGCUGCUUCAAGCAGUUCCAGCGGUGGUGCCUCUGAGCCGGCCAACAAGCGCAUACGGGCAAGCAAUGGAGGAGCAAUUUCCCCUGCUAAGGCUGGUGGUCUCAACGACUGCACUGGUGCACCAUCUUCACCUGCUGCCACCACCAGCACCACCACCUUCAUUCGCUCCCCAUCCUCCCACGCUUCUUAUGGUACCGGAUCUCCUUACUCUUAUGACAGUCCAGCUGGACACACCCUUUACUGUGGCCAGAGCUCACUUGCAAUGAGGGAGGCAUAUCCAUACCCACCAGCUGUGCCUACUGUCGGCCUUGCAAUGCCGUACCCAUCCCCUCGGAUGACCUACCCUGUCUAUGGUGGAUACAACAGUGGUCUUGGAGCCUAUGGCAAUGCCAUGGCCCCAGUCUUUCACCAGGCUUAUUACCGGUAGGAUCAGUCGAAAUUGACGAAAUGACAACAUCCAAUGACGGCGGCUCAUCAGUUGCCCUGUUUUGUAGCGACUGACUACAACGGUAGGGUUGGGUGCGUGUGUCCUUAAUACCACUAGAUGCUUGUGUUAAAUCAUGUUGUUCGGUUAUUAGCACUCAUGUCUACUUUCCACUGAAAAACUUAAUGUAAAUUAUGGAUGCUGUGUAUGUGGACCAUGGAAUCUUGUGUUGUAAUUCAGUUUUAAAGCACUUUAAACAAAGAAACAAAAAGUGAGCAUGUAAUCCUCUAGCACUACCGGAGCUACCGGGACUUGUUAUUGUUAUCUUUUGUUA